CUACGUUUUCUGUUCGACGAUUUUGUUUCGUAAUAAUCUGCGGUGAGGAAACAAAAACGAACUUACUUACUUCACUAGCGCAGCCAUGUCAACUCAAACGAACAGACCCAUUAUGUUCCUAAACUGCACCAAUCCUCUUCAUUUUUACUCUAGUGAAAGUUAGGUUAUGUGAUUGUUUGUGAAACUUGAAGUACAGAUACAUUAUUUUAAUUCAAAUCUGGUAGUGAAUAAUGAUGAACCCAUGUAAGAUUACGACAAACAAUAUUACAAUGUAUCUAUCAGAACACUAAAAAGCGUUACAAUUUUUGUACUUAAUUUUCAUACAUAUUUUUGAUUAUAUCAUGCCUAAUCAUUCUUGUGGGUUGCUUAUUAAUGGUCACCAUACUGACAUUGUAUUGAAUGUUUAUAGUAAUCGUAUCUUCCUGAUUGUAAGCCAAUUUAAAAAGUUUGGGUCUUUUAUUACGGUUAAUCGACAAGCUAGUGUCCCUCAGUUUAAUACUGACAUUUAUACAAUUAAGUCUUUACUUGGAAAAGAUGACGUCGAUGAACAUGUAGCUGCAAGAUAUAUUGCAGAACAUAUUGAAAUUGAUAGACCUCUGCUACUUUCUAUAUGUUUGAAAAAUUAUGACAUAGAAGUAUUACAAAGUAUUGUAAAGGUUCUAAAUAAGUUCAAAACUUGGUAAAUGGAAACAGAAUAAUGAGUAUAAUAUUCGGUCAACUAGUUAUUGGUCCUCCUGGGAGUGGGAAGACCACAUAUUGUAAUGCAAUGUACAAAUUCUUAGAAAAAGUUGGUAGAAAAGUGGCUGUCAUAAAUAUAGAUCCAGCAAAUGAGAAUAUGGGAUAUAAACCAACCGUGGAUAUUUCUCACUUAAUUAAACAUGAUGAAGUCAUGACAGAAUAUGGACUUGGGCCUAAUGGAGCUCUUGUGUAUUGUAUGGAAUUUCUGGAAAAAAACAUUGACUGGCUAAUUGCAAAAAUUCUUAACUUAAAGGAUUAUUAUUUAAUAUUUGAUUGUCCUGGCCAAGUUGAGUUAUACACUCAUCAUAAAUCACUUGCUACUAUAUCAGAGAAACUAGGACAGAACUUGGUGAGAUUAUGUUGUGUACAUUUAAUAGACUCACACCACUGCAGUGAUCCUGGAAAGUAUCUAUCAUCUUUAAUUGUCUGUACAAGUACAAUGCUUCAUAUGGCCUUGCCACAUGUAAAUGUAAUGACAAAAGUAGACGAAAUGAAAAAAUUCAGUGAUAAGCUGGCCUUUAAUAUAAACUUUUAUAUGGAAGUUCUUGACCUGAAUUAUCUUCUAGAAAAAUUGGAUGAAGAUCCUUUUACAUCAAAAUACAAGAAAUUAAAUGCUGCAUUGGUUUCAUUAAUUGAAGAUUACAGUUUGGUGACCUUCCUACCAUUAGACGUCUCUAAUGAUGCACUGUUACUUCAAGUAAAAAAUGCUGUUGAUAAGGCAAAUGGUUACAUAUUUGGAGGAAAUGAACCACGAGAUGUUCAGUCUUUGCUUGCUUGUGCAGUUGGAGCAAUCAGUGAAUCUGAGAAAAUGUCCAGUAUCGAUAGUUACAUGGACUAAUAAUAUAACCAUGAUUUCUUUCAUGUUUAUUUAGAUCUAAAAACAAAGUGGAUAGAAUAAAAAUAUUUGUACAGCUUCCAACAAUGUGUUUAAUAAUACUAUCAUGCCAGGUUGACAAAGAUCUGAGCUGCAUCAUCGUACUCAUAUGUUCUCCUUAAAAAGGUAUCGAUCAACUUUAAUCCAGAUAUAGUCUGUAAAUGAAUUGAAGAUGUAAAUACAUUGAAAUAUAGAAAGAUUUCUCCCAUCGA